AAUGUUGAGGUCCUAUUCUGAACGUUAUAUUCUCUUGCGUGGUGUAGGCAGUGAAGAACAAAAAUUUCGAGUUACUGUUGACCAACAAAUCCACUUCACAGAAUGUCCAUAUAAAGAGCCUAGAGGACCAGAUUCUUUCACUGUCAAAUUUGAACGUGUAAAUGCCAUUUAUGACCAAACUGAAAAUGUUGUUAGAUUUGCUUCACAAUCUAGUAUAUUUAAUGAAGGAGAAAAGUUUGAAAGAGAACCAAUAAUUGAUACAAGUGUGGGACAUGUUCCGGAUAAUAGUGGUGGAACACAGGAUGCUUGUACUUCUGGUCGCAAUUUUUGUAAUUUACCAAAUAUGUUGUGUGUCCAAAUACCAUACAAUCCGGGUUAUAGAUGCGAUUGUAGACCUGGUUUUAGAUUAUUUGAGGAUGAUAGUGUUGAGCAAGGAAUGGUUUGCAAAUUAGGUGCAAUUUUUUAA